AAUGGGGUUAAACUAUCUCUUAAUUGAUACUAAUAGUCAAGAAGCUGAUAAAAAUAGAAUGAAGCAGCACCCACAACUUCAAGAAAAUCAUUCAAAAAGCGACAAAAAUGAAAUCUGUGAAACGGGACAGUUACAGGAGCAUGGAAAUACGUCAAAUGCUAACAUAAGUAUAUUGGAAGAAUUUGAUAUCGAUAUUGAUAGCAUUAUUAAUGCUGAAAUCGUAAAUAUGUCAGACGAGAGAGUGCUUGAAAUAUACAAAAAUUUAACCGAAUCUUUAGAAAAUGAGUAUAGAGAAUAUACACUACAAGAACAACAGCAGCAGCAACAACAACAAGAUCAAGUUCAACAGCAGCAGCAACAACAACAACAACCACAACAGCAGCAGCAACAACUACAACUACAACAACAACAAAUUGAUUUAAUUGAUUUAACAGAGUUGCAAGAAGAGAAUAAAGGUGAUCUUAGUCAUGAAAAAUUCAUGCAAUUCUGGUCGAUAAUUAGUUCAUCAGUUAUUGAAAAAUUAACUGAAAAGAUAGAAGAUUCGGUAAAAAGACUACAGCAGCAAAAUAAUAAUAUAUUGAGUGAACUUAUAAAAAUGAACAAACAUUUAGAAUCAUUCUUGCAAUUAUCAAUCACACAACAACUUCAGAAACAGCAGAAAGGAAAGAAACGGAGAUAAGCUGAAAGUAAACCAAAAAAUUGUAAAAAACUAAAAAAGAUGAAGGUAAUCAUGAACAAAUUUUAAGAGAAAUUCAAAAAGUAGCCUCAAAUGUUCCUCAAAUGAUAAAAGAUUUCUUCAAGAUAAUACUACUGAUACGCUUGCCUGGGGGCACUAUAAAAUAUUACAAAAUGGGAAACGUCUGAUUCCAGCAAAGAGAAGCGUGUACGAUUCAAGGAAGAACCAACCAUACACUUGAUGUAUAAAUGGAAAUUUGCGCAUCAUGAAGCUCGAUGUGGCAAGUGCGAGCAGGUUGCACGUGAUCGAGAACGUUUUAGGAGAAGAAUUUUACAAAUAAAUGAAAUUAUAUUGCCAGUACUUGUAAAA